AUGCUUUUGAUGAGUUUGUUAUUCAUCGCUGGCACUAUUGUGAUUACUGUUCUUAUCAUUUCUUUGUGUGCAUACACAACAAAACCAACUGGGUACACUCGCAUUGAUCCCGACAGGUACCAACGACAGGAAUUGACAUUUUCGGACAUGGUAGCACGUAUCAAAACACUCCACGCGCGCCCCUUGGCGAAAACAUCUGUUGCAAUAGAUAUUCCUCGUCUUGUCUCAAAAUUGGUUAUUUCAAAUGCCGAUGGAGUUGUUGCGGACGGCCCAGAGAUAUCCACAUCACACGACAACGACACAUACCCAAUGGAGAAGACAACCAAAGAGGUUGUUUCUCUGCUCACGUUAGCCACAGAAGGAGAGAUCAAACAGAGUAAUUUUGUUCAAACUUUCGACGACGUCUUCACAUAUGUUAAAAACAACGGGAAUGGUGACUGUGGCACACUCUUUGCAAAAGUUCUCCAACAAGUUUUCACUGAGGAUUCUCUUACAUUGUGUAUUAUGAAAACAUUCACUCAAGCACUUUUUGCAGCUGCUGUGGAGUUUUUAUUACCAUUGAGAUUAAAGCACUCAUAUCACGACGGGCACACUGGGUGGAGAAUAUCUGUUAAAUUGGAAAAAGAAGAAAUUAUAGUUAAACACAUAAAAGGGGAAACUAGCUAUAAACCAGACGCCUUUACGUUCGAGUGGAGUUUAUUGUAUAUCAUCGACACUGCUAACCAUACAAUCAAAAAUGUUUCGUUGUCUGUGUUUAAUAUACAAUUCAAGGACUACCCCACUGCUCUUCAAACGGAUUUCUAUACUAUGGUCGAAAAAAUAAAUAACUCAGCUCAUCUGUGA